AACGCAACGACGUUAUUAACCCAAUGCCAGUCUGAAGAAAUGAAAGUGAGAGAGCGAAGAGGGUGAGGGGCAUUUUUGUCACUAAAAUAUAGUGGCAUUUCCGCAAAUAACCAAACUCCGCUCUCACCUCGAUCGGUCGCCGUGACGACGAACGGUAAACGCAGAGACGAUAUAAAUACCCAAAAAGAGAGAGAGAGAGAGGAAAAACCAAGGGUUUUUUCUUCUUCCUAGGGUUUUUUCUUCCUGCGAUUUUCUUUUCUAGUUGCGAUCUCGAUCGUGAAAAUGCAGAUUAGGGAUUCUUGAAUCCCCUCAUUCGAUGCUCGAGAUGAUCAAGAAUCUCUUCAUGUUCCGAUUCGAAGCAGAGAAGGUCAGGAAACGACGAAUCUCGAUCCUCCUAAUUUGAUUUUCCUCCCUCGAUUUUAUUCAUCUGUUGUGAUGGCUGAUGCUCUUUCAAUUAUCCCGGCGUCUGUUCUUCGGAACCUUGCCGACAAGCUUUAUGAGAAACGCAAGAAUGCUGCCCUCGAGGUUGAAGGGAUUGUGAAGCAAUUGGCGGCAGCAGGGGACCAUGAUAGGAUAACGGCGGUCAUCAAUCUGUUGACUACAGAGUUCACAUACUCCCCACAAGCGAAUCACCGGAAGGGUGGAUUAAUAGGACUUGCUGCAGCGACGGUUGGUUUGACGACUGAAGCUGCUCAGCAUCUUGAGCAAAUUGUACCACCUGUACUCAACUCCUUUGCUGACCAAGAUAGCAGGGUGCGUUAUUAUGCUUGUGAAGCGCUAUAUAACAUAGCAAAGGUUGCAAGGGGGGAUUUCAUUGUAUUCUUUAAUCAGAUAUUCGAUGCACUUUGUAAGCUUUCGGCAGAUUCAGAUGCGAAUGUGCAGAGCGCUGCUCAUCUUUUAGACCGGCUUGUGAAGGAUAUUGUUACUGAAAGUGAUCAGUUCAGCAUCGAAGAAUUUAUACCACUGCUAAGGGAGCGCAUGAAUGUUCUGAAUCCCUACGUCCGCCAAUUUUUGGUGGGAUGGAUCACUGUACUGGAUAGUGUUCCUGAUAUUGAUAUGCUUGGUUUUCUUCCAGAUUUUCUUGAUGGUUUGUUCAACAUGUUAAGUGAUUCCAGCCAUGAAAUACGGCAACAGGCUGAUUCCGCACUUUCUGAAUUUCUCCAGGAGAUAAAAAACUCUCCAUCUGUAGAUUAUGGUCGUAUGGCUGAAAUAUUGGUACAAAGGGCAGCUUCUUCCGAUGAAUUUACCCGUCUGUGUGCUGUCACUUGGAUAAAUGAAUUUGUAAAACUUGGUGGAGACCAGCUUGUUCCUUAUUAUGCUGAUAUUCUGGGAGCCAUUUUGCCUUGCAUAUCUGAUAAAGAGGAUAAAAUAAGAGGGGUUGCUCGUGAAACCAAUGAAGAGCUUCGUGCUAUUAGGGCUGAUCCAGCUGAGGAGUUUGAUAUUGGAGCCAUCCUCUCAAUUGCAAAGAGACAAUUAUCUAGUGAAUGGGAUGCUACUCGAAUUGAGGCAUUGCAUUGGAUUGCAACACUUCUGGCCAGGCAUCGUGCAGAGGUAUUAUCUUUCCUGAAUGAGAUCUUUGAUACUCUUCUCAAAACAUUAUCGGAUCCUUCUGAUGAGGUGGUUCUUUUGGUGCUAGAGGUGCAUGCAUGUAUUGCAAGAGAUGAAUCGCAUUUCCGCCAUCUUGUCGUUUUUCUAGUGCACAACUUUCGGACUGACCAUAUGCUUCUUGAGAAGCGUGGUGCCCUGAUUAUUCGUCGGCUAUGUGUUCUUUUGGAUGCUCAAAGGGUGUACCGAGAACUUUCUACAAUCCUAGAGGGGGAAGCUGACUUGGAUUUUGCAUCCAUCAUGGUUCAGGCUCUGAAUUUGAUUUUACUCACAUCCUCUGAAUUGGCCGAGCUACGGGUACUCCUAAAACAAUCAUUGGUAAAUGCUGCUGGCAGAGACUUGUUUGUUUCUCUGUAUUCAUCCUGGUGCCACUCGCCAAUGGCAACAAUAAGCCUCUGCCUACUAGCUCAGGCUUACCAACAUGCAAGUUCCGUGAUUCAAUCACUAGUGGAGGAAGACAUCAAUGUGAAAUUCUUGGUCCAGCUGGACAAGUUGAUCCGCCUACUGGAGACUCCAAUAUUUGCUUACCUUAGAUUGCAACUUCUUGAACCUGGGAAUUAUGUAUGGCUGUUGAAAUCUCUGUAUGGUCUUCUUAUGUUACUGCCACAGCAAAGCGCAGCCUUCAAGAUAUUACGGACUCGAUUGAAAACUGUCCCUUCAUACACUUUCAGCAGCGAGCAAUUGAAGCGAACGUCUUCAGGGAAUCCAUACAUGCAGAUUUUGCAUCACAUGCCUAGUAUGCAAAUAUUGGAGGAUGGUGACAGGAACCACGAUGCAGGGAAUGUGCACAAUGGUAUUAACUUCGCUUUGCGGCUGCAACAGUUUGAGCACAUGCAACGCCAACACCGCUUGCAUGCAAGAUCGCAGUUGCAGCCCCGCAUCUCCACAUCUUCCAACUUAUCUCAGGAGUCACAAAGACCAGAAGAAUUAUGCCGUCCCUCAACUGUGCCAGACAUAAGCCGGACCACUUCCAGAUCUUCGAGGAGAGGUUCGGGUCAAUGACAACAUUGACGUAGGGGUGUGCUUAUUCCGGUCUCUGUUUUGGGCUACUUGCCACUGGUUUCAGCACCUAUAAAGGGGUACGUACGUGAUCAAUAUAAAAUGCACACUAUAAGAGAUUCGGUGUAUGUAAAAUUGUAAAUCUUAGUGGUUGGUUUGUGCUACACUUUUUUUUUUUUUUGGUUUUUGUUUUAUUCUGGUGGUGGGGGGAGAGGUAGGGGCUGAUGGGAUUUUUUAGCUGAAGCAAUUGGUAAGCUAUUCAUUUUUCUUUCACACAAGAGACAUGGUUUGCUCAUGUGGUUUUUGUUUUUUAUUUGUAAACCAUAUGAGCAUACAAGGGGAAAGAGGGGAUUCAGUUGGGUUCAGUUUUUUCUCUUUCUUUUCAUUUUCAUCGUUUAGCUGUUUUUAACAAUCUUAAUAAGGCAGCGAGAGCAGGGAAUGAAUGAUAUUAUGUGUACAUUUUGUAAACUGUCCAAAUUCUGUUUUGCAUAGCUAAUUGCAAUUUGGUCAUUGUUUCUCUGUUA